UAAAAUAAGGCACAUCAUCAAUAAUCAAAUCAUUGCUCUUCGUCCAUCAGCAAUGCGCACCCAUCAAACCAUCAAAUUCAUUGGAUUUCUUAUUGGAAUUGUAUCAAUUUUAAAAGGUGAGAACAUUUCCAAAAAUACCAAGAAGUCCCAUCUGAGGUGGCCUCAAGAACUUCCAUGGGCUAUUCGGCGCGUUAUGCUCAAGAGUAAUUUGACCACAGUACCGAGAAUGUGGGACUACAAUGAUCAACGCCCGCAAUGUGAGGGAUACAUUUCUGCCGAUAGUAGUUGGGGAUGGGGUAAUCAAAUUUCUGAGCUGUUCUCAGUAUUUGGAUAUGCUAUCAUGUAUGACAUGAAGAACAUAAUGCUGAAAGCCGAGGUUCGAGAUCGAUUUGGCAAAGUAUUCCCAGCCAUGAAGGCCAUUCCAGCAUACGACGAGCUUCCUUGUAAAAUAGACAAUUAUGUGGAAGUCCCUCUUAAAAAGGGAUUGAAGUUCAACCAUACACUGAACUUAGUGUCAAAACAAUUUGCUCAUGAUAACAGGAUUGGCUUCACAUUCCGGAAAGAGAUUCUUCAACUAUUUGACUUCGCCGAGAACAUAAAAGAAGUCAUCAGGAAUACAAAGGCGAGAAUUAAAGCUACCCAAAGGCAAAGAAUGGGCCUGAAGACAGCAUUACCAAUCACUCUGGUGGGCAUUCAGUGUCGAAGAACGGACUACAUUAAUCAUAUCGUUUUCUUUGGUGGGCUGUCUGUAACUGAAUAUUAUUAUUACAAGGCCAUGGAUAUCAUGAGAACGAAAUUUGGGCCCAACAUUGCCUUCGUGAUAGCCUCAGAUGACUUGUUAUGGAUCAGAGAAAAAUUUGGCCAUUAUUCUCAAGAUGUUUACUUUGCUGUCGACUACUAUCAAGAUGUGGGAGGAGAAUCGUUUGUCUUUGAUUUUGCAUUGCUUGCCAGUUUGGACCACAUUAUCAUAAGUCCCGGAACUUUCAGCUCAAAUGCAGGAUACUUUAUUGAUGGCGAUGUGAUAUUUCCUGAUUGUCGUUUUCAAGGAAGAUUACAUGCAACCAUGGGGACCCAGAUUUUCCAUUUGAGUCACAAUUGGCAUUCUUUGACUGAUCCUUCUUUUGUGUCAAUUCCGAACCUAACAUAUGCUGCAUAAACGCUUCCUUCAGAAUUACUUACUUGCACCCCAUUAAAAAGCGCCUUCAAGGUGUUUGGUGAGUCAAAAUAAAAGGUCAUCUAAACACCUUGUU